UCAUGACCUCAUCAGGAGGCGGAGUUCAACGUCCGGAGUAUCUCCUUACCUCUGUUGCCCCAGACAUGGCAACUCCCAGUCCUGUGACUCCCGAGACACCCUUUGAACCAUCUAAGCCCCCAGUCAUUGAGGGCUUCAGCCCCAGUAUUUACAGCAAUCCGGAAGGCUUCAAGGAAAAGUUUCUUCGCAAGACUCGAGAAAACCCAAUGGUACCCAUAGGCUGCCUGGGCACGGCGGCCGCCCUCACCUAUGGCCUCUACUGCUUCCAUCGCGGCCAUAGCCAGCGCUCACAGCUCAUGAUGCGAACCCGGAUCGCCGCCCAGGGCUUCACGGUCGCAGCCAUCUUGUUGGGUUUAGCUGCAUCGGCUAUGAAGUCUCGACCCUGAUGCCACUGCCGGCUCGUGAAAGCUCCGCGGAAGAUCAUUCCAAACCGCAGGAGCAACCACCAGCCCUGCCAAAGAGACUCAUUCCCUGUCUCCUCGACAGGCUUCAGGCCCCUGUGUUGUUUAGGGAGGAAGUGGCCGAUUGUGUGAUCGACAAGAUUUUUUUUUCCAGAAAUCCCAGAUUCGGUGGUUUGGGUGUUGCCCUUCCUCCCUACUUAAUAAACUCUAAUCCACCA